AUGUCUAUUGGAAUGAGCAAACUUGUGGUCAUUGGAAUUAGUCUUUUUGUAUGCUUGCUGUUACAAUGUGAAGAAAUCUAUGGAAAAGAAUAUUUAGUGGGGGAUGAGAAAAGAUGGAAUCCAGAUACUAAUUUAUCUAGUUGGCCUGAAGGCAAAAAGUUCAAGGCUGGAGAUGUAUUGAAUUUUCAGUACACCAGUCACUUAUUCGACGUAGUUGCUCUUGGCAAUUAUCCAGGGUACGAGGCAUGUGACCCUUAUCCUGUUCCAAAGAAAAUAUAUUCUUCUGGAAACGAUUAUGUGGUAUUAGAGAAAGGCACAAACUCCUUCGUACCUUUUGAUGUAUCUUAUUGCAAGCGUGGAAUGAAACUUCAAGUUGAGGCUGAGUAA